CUCUUUGAGGCAUGGUUGUCACUACUAAUCAGUGUAGUACCGACGUAGGAAAGCAGUAUUAAAUGAACAAAUAUGUACCAUGAUGACAUUUUUCCUCUUUUCCUGGCGUCUGCCCCAGAACUACCUGUUGAAACUGAAGGACUACCGUCAGUGUCUGGAGUGCACAGAGGUUGCCCUGAAUGAAGCCCUGCAGCAGCUCAACUCUGUCCCAGUCAGCUCUCACACGGCAAAGGAGGAGUGGUUCUCUACCAUCACAAUGCUGCUGGGAGGCUUCGAGGUCUGCUUCACAGAGGACCCUCAGCUCCUGCGCAACAUCAACCACUACACCAGCAUGGCCCGGCUGGCCAACAACCUCAUCUGGGUCAACACUCACACUAAUAUACCUGGUAGAGACAAAGUGUGUUUGGAAACAGAAAAUGAUAUAUAAAUGUGUGCUGUGUCCAGCUCAGCCCUGCCCUGGAUUCUCCUGCACCACAUCAUCAAGCACGAGGAGGCUGCCUUCAACUGCCUGCUUCGCCAGC